UUCAAGCCGACGGAGUCUUUUCCCCCACCUCUCUAAUUUACAGACUUUAAGGUAACGAUAAAAAAAAAUCUAUGUUUUAACUACAGUAACCUAACACAGAUGAAACAUAAUGUUAUCUAUUAACAGCCCCAGCUUGCAAUGAUGAGUGUUACAGUAACCCAAGACUGACCAUUUCUAAGUGCAGACAAAAUGGCCUUAAACUUCUGCCCAGAAUGUGGCUCCAAGCUGAAAACCGGCUUUAAGUUCUGUCCGUCUUGCGGAGUGAAGCUGCCCUCCCUGACAGACCUAGCGCAGGCUGACUCGUCCACCAGCUCACCAGCUGCUCUACAGAUCAGUGUGACUGACGGCCCUGUCACAGCACAGCCACAGUGCUCUCCCGGUCCCACCGAAGCACAGCAGUUACAGCACUCCGGUGAUGGUCCCGUCCGUUCUAUUUCUGCCUCGCCACGUUCUCCACUGUGCAGGACGUGGAAGUCAACCAAAGUCACAGAAUCAGUCUCCGUGAAUUCAGCCACACUCCUGCUCACUGCAUCCCCCAAAUCUACUGCUGCAGGUCUGAGCCCUAAAGACACUUCAAAGUCAUCACCGCAGAAACGGAAGACCCGUGCAAAGGCGAACCAGGAAGUGGAUUUAAAAGCAGAGGUUUUGCCCAGAUUGUCCACUGGAGGUCAGAGCCCAAAAGCCCUGCAGUCGCCGCGGAAACGGCCGGCCCAUGCAAAUGUCAAGCAAGAAGAGGAGGCCAGUGUCAGGGUUUCACCCUCGUCAUCACCCAGAUCACCCGCUGGAGUGAAGAAGAAGGGCAAAAGAACGAAGCAUGCAUCUGUUCUUGAGCCCCUGGGGGAGGGUGAGCAGGUGACGGACACAGCUGGCAGGAAGUGGGAACUGAUCAAACUGCUGAGUCAAAGCGAUACAGAGAUCAUCUAUGGGGUUCAGCAGGACACAACAGGAGCCAGCUCUGCAGACUACAAACACAUACUCAAACUGGCUUCUAAAGACGGCAAAAUCUUCAAUGAGCAGAACUUCCUGCAGAGGGCAGCCAAGCCUGUGUCAGUGAAGAACUGGAUGAAGCUGAAAAAGAUGGAUGUUCUGGGCAUUCCUUCCUGUGUUGGCUUUGGACUGCAUGCAGAUUCAUACAGGUUCCUGAUCUUCCCCAACAUGGGCCGAACACUGCAGUCCAUUGUGGAGGAAGGGAGAGUGCUGUCUGAGAAAGCCGUUCUGCAGCUCUCUUGCCGAAUACUGGAUGUUCUAGAGUACAUCCAUGAGAAUGAGUACAUCCACGCCAACAUCCACUCUGAGAACAUCUACAUCGACCUCACCAAACCCACACAGGUGUACCUGGUGGGAUACUGCCACGCUUUCCGCUACUGCCCCAGGGGGAAGCACGUGGAGUACCGGGAGGCCAGCCGCGCAUCACACGAGGGCGCCCUCGAGUUCAUCAGCGUGGAGUCACACAAAGGGGCAGGCCCAUCCAGGCGUAGUGACCUGCAGGCUCUGGGGUACUGCAUGCUGAGCUGGCUCGCUGGAACUCUGCCCUGGACCUCUCUCUCAGACUGCCCUGCCAAGGUCAUGGCUGAGAAGGAAAGGUACAUGACCGAUGUCCAAGGACUCAUGAGUCACUGUUUCGGGAAGAAAAAAGUGCCAGGGGCAGUGAACGUGUACCUGUCCCAGGUGAUGAGUCUGCAGUACACAGAGGAGCCCCACUACCAGCAGCUGCGGGAUGGUCUGCUGGGGGGCUUGCAGAAGCUGGGGGCCUCGCUGGAUCAGCCUAUAGACCUACAGGCGUAGCCAGGAAGAGGACGGCAAGGAUUCUCUAGGAGAUGUUAACUGCAGAGUUUGUGGGUUUUUUAACCAUGCUCGUAGAAUGUGACCACUAAGUUUGUCAUGCUAUGAUUGUCUUUCUUUUAAUUUGUCACAAUGUUUAGUGCACUCGCUUGGUGUUUGGUUGACUACAUUUUUAAAUUUUGGUCAAGAUUUUUGGACCGUUUUUGGGUAUUUUUACCCCCACCCUGCUUUGAGUUGGGAUUCAAAGCACAUGUUCUUAAGUCUGUAACACUGAAAUCUCAUAUCCCACAAUUCACUUGUGUCGUGUGUGCUGGCUGUGAGCUGAAUCCAUGGAACAUUCUCCAUUUUAGAAUUCAUUAGCAUUUUAUGUUUUAUGCUUGAAGAUUCAUUUUUAAUAUUUGCUUUGUUUUAGCCAUUUUUUCCUCUGAAAGGUUUUCAGGCUCGUUUUAUGGGCAGAGUAAUGUAUUCAUUGGUAAUAAAAAUGGUUUUAUUAAAA